AUGUCAGAUGAUGAUGCUGCAAUGGAUUCAAUGGAUACAGAAGAAGAUAUUUUUUGUCCAAGAAAACGUAGCCUUGGCUCUAAUGUCAGGAGGGUUAAAAGUUUACGUACUUUACGAUCACAUUCAAACAGUACUUCCCAUAUAUCUAUGAAUAACUUAAGUGUACGUCGUAGCACGCGUAAUAGAAUGCAAACAUAUGAUAAUCUUAAUACUAGUUGGAUUUUAGGUACGCAGACAUUGAAAGGUUAUCCUAUGUUUCAACAGCAUGGUUCUUCAUCUGAUAAAGAAAUGGUGGAUGAAGUUUCUGAGAGAAAACGUGAUGUUAGAGAGAGAAUGCCUCUUAGAUCACGUGAAAAUCAUCCUCCAAAUAAAAAUUCAACUAGGCAUAUUAGAGAAAGGGCAGAACAUGAUAGACAAAACAGUAGAGAACUUAGAGGGAGAGGUGAUCGUGAUCCUAGAGAAAAAACAGAACAAGAUAAAGAUCUUAGAGACCUUAAAGAUAGGCAAGAAAGGGAAAGAACAGAGAGAGAACAUAAAGACAAAAUAGAAACCAGAAGUAAAUCUAAUGAAGAAAAAGAUGUAAGAACAAGAAAAUCUGAUAGUCCAAGUAGACUUAGAGAAGGACCUGUUACAAGACUUGGUGGAAGUUUAGGUGAAAAGGAUGUAAAACCUAAAGUAGAACGUGUUGAAGCUGAUGAAGAUAGUUCACAAGAAAGUGAAAAAGCAGAAAAUAAUGAUAACUCUGAAAAUGAAGACAGUUACGAAGAUAUGUAUACCCGUAUUAAGCGAACCAGAAGAACGGCACAACGGCAAUUACAAAGGGGUAACAAGCUUACAGUGGUAGAUAGUGAUUUAAGUGAAUCCUCUGAUUCCCCUGGCCCUAGAAAGUAUAGUUUACGUCAAAAGAAGCCAGCUGUAGAUAGAUUUCAAGCUAAUGUAGAACCAGUUCGACGAUCUAUAAAAGCACUUAGAAGUGUUCUUAGUAACUCCAUGAGAAGGCGUAAACAUAGAAGUAAAAGUACAAGCUCUAGUGAUUCUAGCGAUUCAGAACCUCAACGUUAUGAUAAGAAGAAAAGCAAAAAAGCAAGGCAAUCAGCAAUACCUCAAGGUGGACCACCUGACCGUAAAGCAGAUAUAAAUCCAAUUACUUUAGAUACUAAUAUUAGAUUCAACGAUGUUGGAGGCUUAGAGUCGCAUAUUCACUGCCUUAAAGAAAUGGUUGUUUUUCCUAUGAUGUAUCCAGAUGUUUUUGAACGUUUUCAUAUUACCCCACCAAAAGGAGUAUUAUUUCAUGGUCCACCAGGAACCGGUAAGACGUUAAUAGCUAGAGCGUUGGCAAAUGAAUGUAGUCAAGGCAGUAGAAAAAUGUCAUUCUUUAUGAGAAAGGGCGCAGAUUGUUUAUCCAAAUGGGUCGGCGAAUCUGAACGCCAGUUGCGAUUGUUGUUUGAGCAGGCUCAACAAAUGAAACCGUCCAUAAUAUUUUUUGAUGAAAUAGAUGGCCUUGCACCUGUUAGAAGUACGAAGCAGGAUCAAAUUCAUGCUAGUAUCGUAUCUACUCUUUUGGCGCUUAUGGAUGGCCUCAGUGAUAGAGGGGAGGUAAUAGUUAUUGGAGCAACAAAUAGGAUAGAUGCAAUUGAUCCAGCAUUACGUAGACCGGGUCGUUUCGAUCGAGAAUUGUUUUUCCCCUUACCUGCUAUGAAAGAAAGAUUAGAAAUAUUGAAAAUCCAUGUUAGUAAAUGGAAAAAUCCCCCGUCUGAUCAAUUGUUAGAAGUAUUAGCUGAAAAAGCAACUGGUUAUUGUGGGUCAGACUUAAGAGCUCUGUGCACAGAAGCAGUCUUGCAAGGAUUGCGAAGAACGUAUCCCCAAAUAUAUAUGACUAAUAAUAGAUUACUUUUAGAUCCUGAACGAGUUGAAGUGAAAAAACGAGAUUUUUUACAAGCUAGCUCUAUUCUUGUACCAUCAUCACAAAGAGUAUCUCCUUGCGCUGGAAGAAAAUUGCAACCUUUUAUGGAACCCUUAUUAGGACCAUUGUUGGAAGAGUUACUUAGUUCAACAAAAGGAAUAUUUCCUCAAGGAGUUAAUCCUGCUAUGGCUAAAGUAAAAAUUACCAAAGGAAUACAUCGUCCAAGGUUAUUGGUUUCUGGUGGAAAUUUAUCUGAAGGUCAAGGGCCAUAUUUAGCACAAGCUCUAUUGUAUCAUAUGGAACAUUUACCGGUUCAAACAUUAGACGUUAGCACUCUUUUUGCAGAAAGUGGACGAUCUCCAGAAGAAACCUGUGUGCAGGUAUUUAACGAAGCUGCCAGGAAUGUACCGUCCAUAAUUUAUAUUCGGUCGAUUGAUCAGUGGUGGCCACUUGUACCUGAAACUGUAAAAGCAGUUUUUUUAUGCCGUAUAGCAGCACUAGAUCCUUCAUUGCCUAUUUUAAUUUUAGCCACAAGCGAUAGAACAUAUCAGGAUCUUCCUACUCAAUUACAGAGUCUGUUCAGUGAACUUCGCGGUGAAGUUUAUUCUAUGAAAACACCAACAGCAGAGCAAAGAUCGAAAUUCUUCCGACCUAUUUUUAUGAUUCAGUGUCUAAAACCACCAAAAAUAAAGGACGACAAAGUAGAAGUUUUAGAAGAGCUUCCUUUAGCACCGAACCCUUUACCAAAGAAAUUAACGGAAGAGGAAAAGAAAAUGAUAUACGAAAAGCAAGAAGUUUCAUUAAGGGAAUUAAGAAUUUUCUUGAGAGAAAUUUGUGCAAAACUCGCAAGAAAUAGACAAUUUUUCAUGUUUACAAAACCAGUAGACACAGAAGAGGUACCGGAUUAUAAUAUGAUAAUAAAGCAACCUAUGGAUUUAGAAACAAUGAUGACAAAGAUUGAUAUGCAUUGUUACCUGUGUGCUCGAGAUUUCCUUGAUGAUAUUGAUCUUAUUUGUAGAAAUGCUUUGGAAUAUAAUCCUGACAGCUUACGUGAUAGGCCCUCCCUUGGAAUAUUAAAGAGAGAUCCAGCAGAUAAAUUGAUAAGGCACCGUGCGUGCUCCCUUCGUGAUAAUGCGUAUGCAUUAAUAAAAGCAGAAUUGGAUUCCGAUUUUGAGGAUAAAUGUCGUGAAAUUUCGAAAAAUCGCAGGAUCAUUGAAAGUACGACCCACAAGGAAGCGGAAAAUAAAAAUCAAUCGAAAACAGAACAACCUAUAUCCACGGUCGAACGAACGGAUAAAAAGGAUACCGCAAGUCCUAGUCAUUCUCUUGUCGUAAAUGGAAGACGAUACAAUAGUUCUAGAAAGCGUAGGAUACCAGCCUGGGCUAGGGGUUAUGUAAAAAAGGUUCACAAAAAGAAAAAAAUUGCAUUCGAUGAUAAUGUGACUGUAUCUGAUAACAAGGUUUGCCUGACCACUGAAACUACGAGCAUCGAUUUAGAAAAAUUCCAAGAAUUUGAAACCGAGGCGAACAGUGUCUUAAACGGGCAUGUACCUUUGUUCGAUAAUACCGAUUCCGAGAAUGAUUCACAGAAUGAAUAUUCAAAAGACGCACAGGAAAUUCAGAGCAAUAAUAUCAUUGAUCAAAAGAUGGAUGAAAUCGAAAACAUGGAGAUAAGUUUUACGGAAGAAGAUAAGAAUGUCGAAAAUAGUGCGUCCAAUUCGUCGUCUAGACGAGAAAGUAUGGAUGAAUUGUCGUUUGCUAUCGAAAGUGAUUCUAGUCCAGCGAGAUUCGAAGAAAACGAGAAGCUUGUGGUAGAUAAAAACAAAUUGGAGAGCGCAUGGCACUACACUGUUGAAAUUACACAGAAUUUUCCGGUUGAAGUACUGUGCGACAUUUAUGUACAAUUGAGUCGAUGUGUAGGAAAAUAUGCUCAGAGUUAUGACAGAAAAUCACUGCCAAAGGACUUGCUCAAGGAAGUGAAAAGGUUUGAAGAGUUCAAGACAACAUACGAGAAAGUUCAUUAUGUCGCUAAUCAAACCGAGACGUUAUAA